AUGGGAUACAGCGAGCAGGUGCGAAACUUGAGAGCCAUCGUCGCGGAUAGGCGAAGAAAUGUGACUACGAGUCUCCCGGUACCAGAGAAGUCGAUCGUGGUGGUCGCUAACGGCGUCUUACUAGAGCUGCGUACUGGACUUUCGGCUAUCGAUAACGACUGCCGUUGGGAACAGCCUGCGCAUUCAAUCGUUCUGUACGAGCCGGAGAACAAUGUUGUGAAGACACUCGAAGCAUCCGGUACCAUAGCGACGGAUCAGACUAGUGCAACAGUGCAGCCGCAGGUGAUGGUCGCAACAGUUGAAGAUAUCACCGCAACACUUAACCGGUUGAUUCCUGGUGCCCUUCAGUCGGUCGAUACCCCGUUCCUUCAACUUGGGGCAGACUCUCUCACACUCGCAGAAGUGGGCAACGAAUUGAGCAUCAUCACCUGCAAAACUAUAUCUGUUUUUGAUCUACUAGAAAUGAAGACAACUAGCGGUGUGCUCGACUACAUCUUGAACAAGCCUAAAUUCACUGUACAUUAA